AUGAUGGGCACACUUGUACUUCCUCCCUUUGUGGCUGCGGCCAUCGUGGAGCACGCGAAGCGUCGCCGCAACUCCGCCGGCUACCUUGUCGGCAGCCGCAGCCCCCACCAGAUCACCGUCACGGACUACAUCCCCUGCACGCAUGAGUCCACGGCGGACGUCCGCUCACGCGCGUACACGGAGGAGCUCACUGAGCGCGUUGCGGUGAAGAAGUACUACACACCGAACAUCACGCUUGUCGGCUGGUACGCCGCGGGGGCACCGGAGGCAGACAUGGAGCGUGCGUUCGACGUGUGGUGCCAGGCGCCAGGGGCGAGCUUCUCGCGUAUCCGCGUGCACAACCAGGCGGUGAUGCUGCUGUGCCGCAUGCCGACUGCGAAGGACAUCGCAGUGCGCUGGGAGGCGCACAUCACGCGCAACUACAACGACGGCGAGACGUUCCACUGCGAACGUGUGUCCCAGCUAGCCGUGACAGUGGAGGCGGAGACGCAGGCGAUGAACGUGCUGCUGGCGGAGAUCAUGCACAAGGCACUGUACGACGGUGGCAUGCCGAACGCGACGAGCCGCGUGACUAAUCUGGACCGCGUCGCACUCGAGGCGGAGUGCAAGGAGGUGGAUAUCACCAAGAAGGACAGUCGCAAGGAGACGGAGACGCAGCCAGUGGAGGCGGCGCUGGUCAACGUGCAGAGCAAACUGCACCAGGCUAUCUCCCACGCCCGGGCGAUCAUCGCAUCGGGGAACAAGAACAAUAGCGAGAAGCGGGACGAGAGCGCGCUGGUCGUGAAGAGCUACGAGACGAUUCUGGCAGAGAAAAACCAGCAGAGUAGCCGCGAUGACUUCAUCACCGAGGGCUACAAGGACGCCCUCAUGAUGAAGUACACAGCGGCACUCCUUCGCAAGCACGUGAUGGAGAUUGAGCGCCACAGCCGCUACGAGGCCAAGGAGAAGACACACCACGGUCCAUCACAAGGCGGCCACCCGAAUGUCGGACGUAAGACGGCCGCAUUCCGAUGA